AUGGACUCAAAUCCCGUGAAUGGUAUUCCACCCUCGGUUCUGGCCGAUCUGGCACGAGAAGACCAGGGACCCAAGACAAUAGGACUGAUCGCAACGUUUCUGGCUCUGGCAUUCAUCGCCGUUUGUCUUCGUUUCGUUGCGCGCAUUCGUCUUGGCAUUCCUAUUGGCUGGGAGGAUUAUUUCAUCUUGGUAUCUAUGACAUGCUCGAUCCUCGCCUCAGCAUGCCAGAUAAUGCAAGUCCACCAUGGCUUCGGCAAACACCAGGUCUUUGUGGACUUGCCAUCUACCAUCUUAGCUCUGAAAUAUCUCUAUUUUGGGAUCUUGUGCUACGGCAUUAGCUUCACCUUUAUCAAGAUCUCCAUCCUGACCCAGUACGAGCGCAUCUUCUCUGUCAAAGCAACGCGCAUCCCCAUCUACAUCGUGAUGGGCAUAAGCGUAGCGGGCGGCAUCGCAGCUCUUUUCACGUUCAUGUUCGCCUGCGUACCAGUCGAUGCUUUUUGGAAUGUCUUAAAGCAACCAGAGGCCAGAUGUAUAGACUUGGAGAAGUAA